AUGUAUUUCAUACAAAUAUUAUUCACGCUCUCUUUGAACCAUAUUCUACUAAAUAUUGCCGUAGCAACGGAUCUUAAAAAUAAUACAUCCGAUGUUCCUGAAGAAGGUCGAUACUUGCUUUAUCCUCAUUUUAGUUCUCUACAAUUUGCAGUUGGUACAUCUUCCAUAUUGCCAUUGUAUGUCCCUAAGAAGAAGUACCCAAUCAGACAAUUGGGUAUGAGUUUUGGAUUUGGAGUAUGGUACAAACUUCCAUACCGACUGAAGGAUUUUUACAGUUUUCCAACAUGGGCUCGAGUAAUGGUUGACGUUGUAAAGGGAAGAUAUUUUCCUUCGGAGGUAAUAACGGCAAGGUCAACUCGGAGAACACAUUUCUUACGCCCACUGAGUGCAGGCGAUGUAUAUAUAGCAAUAGAAGGACUUUUGGAGUUUUCAGGAUAUGGUAAAGAUUGUUUCAUUAAAAGUGUUUGUGAGUUAGCGCAUAGUCCAUUUUACGAUUUAGAAGAAGACUUGUACGCCGAAAUCAUACAUUUUUUGCUUACGCCUUCAGAACACCAAGCUUUUGAUUUACAUGAACGGAAAAUGCAGCACAAAUACGAAUCAGCAGAACGUUUUGGAAAGAUGGGUGCAGACUGCAAUAUAAUAUUUCCUAAUUGUAGACGAAGCUUUUUGAUGAACAUUUCAGAUUUUUUGGAAGACAACAAUUUAGACUAGAACAUGUGUAUUGGUUCCCGGCAGGAAAUUUUAGCUAUUUUAGCUUUAG